AUGGAUGCACAAUCACCGCCACCGCAGCCUCGAGCGUCGACAUCGUCCGAGAUGCAGCUGCAGACGCCCAUCGCGGGCAGCAUCUCGGGGCCGAACCGAUCGAACAGCGCGGCCGCAGCCAUCGUCGUGUCAGAUCAAGUUGUCUACGACCUCUCGCUCGCCUGCGACGCCGAACAUGCCUCGGACGAAUCAUGGCAAGAUGCGACCGCUUCCUCGCUCGAAUGGAUCCUCUCUCUCGACCGUAGCAGUAGCAACAACCUCUCCGGUGGGGCCAACGACAAGGGCAAGGCGAGGGAGAGCGCGGUCGUGCAUUGGUACUGCGGUCACGACGGCGCCGAGGUGUGCUGGUCGCCGAGCGUGUUCCUCGUACGCCUAUUGUCAAUGAAGAGGCAAGGAGACGUUGCGAGGUGGAGAGACAUGUUUGAAAGGUGAGAGUUCUGGCUGCCACUGCACGGCGGCGGUUUGCUCGCGCAAAGGAAGCCAGAUCCCGCCAGGUGCUCUCAGAGAUGAUCCCCCCCACACGGCCCCCAGAGAGCAGACACUGACUCCCUCGAUGAACUCGUACCUGCUCAUAGACUCAUGCGCGAAUGCCCUCGGUGUGUUACCGCAUUCCAGCAUGCAAAGUCCGAGUUCAUCAACAGGUUCGUUCGGCUUUCUUUCCGGCAGAGAUUUCGGGAUCCCUUGCGAGCAGCUCGAUUUGAUCCGCGGCUGCGUUCGCACACCCUUGCUGACUCAGCGACAUGUCAACAAUCAGGUAUCUUUCCCUUCGCAAGAGUGAGGCAGCUAUCAGGGGAUUCUCGGACGGCAUAGAGAGGCUUGAGCGUGAUCGAGUACAUCAAGCUUUUUACGACGCUGGGUUCGGGGUGGACUCGACCUCGGCGACGGCGCAUCUUGAAGAUGUCGCGCCGGCAGCUAUCCAGAACUGUCUGGUCAAUCAUCUGUUGUUCCAGGACACCAACAUUGUCAACCUUAUUGCUUCGGGUCUACCGGUGUCCAAGCCGAUCCAACUCCCGCCCGAAGUCACACCGGGCCUGCUCGCCCUCCGCUUUCAUCGGGAGCGUGCGCUGCGUGAUUGGACACAGCUUCAGCUCGAUAGCUGCGAGCUUGUCACUCCUCGACACUAUACGCAUCGAGGACUUGGUCUCAUUUUUGGGGCGCACCUCAAGCUACUCGCCAGUCGCGAUCGCGGCGACUUCAACGCCGAGACCGUCAUCCACCUACCCUACGUCGAAAGUCGAGUCGAAUUCUGGCAGGCGCUGACGGCGGUACUCGCCUUGCUCGACUCUGAAACGAUGCAUUCGCAGCUCACUCGAGCGGCAAGCCUCUCCAAUCCAGGUACUCCCUUAACAGCAUCAGCUGUGGGGGAUAUCGUCCCGGUCGUGGCAGGUCAUCUCGGAGACGUCGGGGAUCACUUCCCCGACGUCCUGUCGUGCUUCCGGAUCAUCGUGGAUCGACUGCAGGAGAACGUUUGGAAGGGUGCAGCUGAUCGCUUCGAAGAGGUGACUCUGCACGCAAUACUCGACAACACAUCUUUCGAGCGAGUAUUUGGUGGCACCCACGAGGAUGCGCCGGCGACCAACGACGAGCCGAUAUUGAACUGGAUCCCACCGUUUCUGAGCUCGGUGGCCCAGUCAUCGACUCGCUUCAUCAACUCGUUGGCCAUCAUCAUUGCGGCAUUUUUGGGUAACCUGCAAGCUUUACGCUUCGAUACUGCGGCACGUACACGAGCCAUCACUAUCGCUGCGACGAUCUUGUCCGAUGUCUUCCUCGACACCGAUGGCCUCAUCGAUGCCCCGUCCAAGUGGCCGCACGCGCGGGAAGCGGCCAAAAUCCUGGACCUGCACGCCCCGACCAUCGCCGAUUUCGCGUUCGAUCCGCGCUUUGGAGCCGAGCAUUGGCGAAAGGCGACGAGCACAGCGAUGGAGCUGACGAUGCGGAUCAUGCAGCGUGAUGCUCGACGAGUUCGCGAUGCGAUUCAUACUUUGGGUUCCUACUCGAUGGAGCUCAAGCGCGCCGAAGAUCAAGCGAAGCGGUCGAAAAAAAAUGUCCCAGCCACCUUCGAGUCUAAAGCAUCAACUGCGUAUGGCCCACCGCCAACCAUCGUUGCGUAUUGUGCACCGCUCUGGAAGAGGUCGUACGAGAUCGUCCGAUCGACGGACGCCCGGCAUCUUGCCGCUAUCGUUCAGGGCACUUCGGCAUGCUAUCACCUCGAGCAUCUCACCGCUCGAACUUGGAUAUACAAAGAUCAGAUUCGAGCACAGAUGAAGGCUGUCAACGCGGCGCUCGACCAAAUCCGCUUGCCGUUGAUCUCGCUGGUUGAGUCCUUCACCGACGAGGCUCCUGCAGCUUUGCUCGACUUUCUCGCCCGACCAGGUAUCACGGAGAACUUCGUCGUCUGGGCGCUAUCGCCGAUCGAGCAAAUGCACAACGUGGCGCAGGGCGUCGUCAAACAAGCGUAUGACGUGUUGACCCGUCGAGAUUGCCUUGGCGCCCUAUUGCUGCAUCACCCGGGCUCAGCCCUUCGCGGUCUUCUCCGAUCAUUGCGCUCAUUCACCACCGCUGCAAAGUUUCUGCCGGAAGCCUGCGGUCAAGCCAAGCGCCUGGUACGCUGUCUUUCGGACGUGCUCGAUGUCCUCUGCGCCACCGCAAAUGGGCUACUGCGUGACGCUUCCUUUCUGCGUCGCGGCGUUGAGGAGGAAGAGCACCUUGGCUCGCGUCUGUUCGAGCUCUGGCGACGCAUGUGUGGCGCGCUGGCGUUGGUCUUCAAGGAGACGCCUUCUUGGUCGACGUUCUUUGAAAACAGCGUCAUGACGGAGUGGAUGCGAGAUGCGAUCUUGUUUGGAGUCGACUUGCUUGAACAGCAGCACGCAUUCGAGAUCGCGAUCCGCGAUACCUUGCGAAGCGGCACCGACCCAGCCUCGACCAAGCAAGCGUCGACACAGGCCAGGCACGUCAUAGCGGCCCUCAGUGAGCCACUUGAGGAGCUCACCUCCUGGCUUCGAUUGAACGACGAGGACCUGUUGUCUGCGACUUUUGAGCUCGUUCGUUCGCUGCUUGGACGAUUCGCCGAGUCCGACAUGGCGCUGAGGAGCUCGACGGUGGCUCGCCUUCGCAAGAUCGCGGAUAGCAAUCGUCGCAACCGCGCUGUGCGAUCCAACAUCCUUCGUGACGAUCAGCUGCGCGAGCUCGUUGAUGCUCUGGCCGUCAAUGACGGUGACGAGGUGGUGGUCUACGAAGUCCCCCGUGACAAGAGCAAAGCACUUGCAGCUACCGCCGCUGCUGGUACGACUUCGAAGCCAUCGGCGAGCGUGCUGGACCAAUUGCGAAUCCAUUCGGCGCGCUGCAAAUCAUCGGGGAUGAACGGUGUUUCGUCGACUGCUGCGUCGAGGAGACCGACCUCGUUCACCACCGGCAAAGGUGUCAAAGCUUCAGCACCGAGUUCCACAAUGUUAGCUCGACCUCGCGGUGUACCUUGGACGAGCUAUACGUCAAAGCCAGCCAAAGCUUGGAACUCUUCGGAUGAUUCGUCCUCCGAGGAAGAUCACGACGGCGAGAACGCGGACAAGAAACUGUCCGGCCUGGCGAUGCUUGCACGAGCGCAAAAGUCGUCGCCCAAGUUCAAAAAGAUCACCGAACGUCGUACCGUCAAGAUGAUCGACAACCCGACUAACGGCGUCGUGAGCACGCGCAUCAGGGGCCCUAUGGCCACGCAGGAUGCGGCGCAAGAUGCAGCGCAGCGACGCGCGGCCAACAUAGCUCGACUUCGAGGAGUGCAAGACUACUCGUCGCUACAUCGGCGCAUUCUCCAGUGGGACGUCGACAAAGAAGGACCGAUCGCACCGCACUUGUCCAGUCGUCUCACCCCGCUGCGCUCCUCAUUCAGCAGCGCCGACGAUUACGUCAACAGCUUUGAGCCGUUGCUUCUGACCGAGUGUUGGGAGCAAGUCAAGGUGGCCCGGACUGAAACGGCGCAGGAUAAUCACCCUAUCAGGGCGACAAUUGCUGGACGUCAAGCCGUCGACGACUUUAUCGAUGUCUUCGUCACGAUCGACCAUGCCGAUGUGCCACAAGGCACGUUCUUUUUCGAUACCGAUCUCGUGCUCCUUCGGCAAGGGCACCAUCAAACGAUUGCCAAAGUUCAGGCUUUUGCGCGAAAGCGCGAAUUUUUUGAGGCGACGCUACGCACACAACUUGGGAACGACACGACCGACGCGGGACCAGGUCUGGUAGCGAGAUCACAAUGGCAGAUCCUCAAGUUGUAUACGUACGUCCCUGCUCAGUCCUUAAAAGAUAGCCUUCUAUGCCUGCGACUGAGUAUUCGACGUGUCGUACACAGUUUGAGUACGAUCCACCGCGAGUACGCAGCACUUCAGUCAAUUCGCUACCUGGACUUAUUCCGCGAAAUUAUCAGUCCACGAGCACCACCUCCCGUCCCUUAUGACUCAAGAAAUUUGAGCCGGAUGAUCUCGGCCUACCAGGUCAACGAGCCACAGGCGAAGGCGAUACAAGGCGCCUUGCAGACGUCUGGGUUCAGUCUCAUACAAGGUCCUCCUGGAACGGGUAAAACCAAGACAAUCAUUGGUCUCAUCGGAGCGUUUAUAGAUUCGAGACCUCGAGUUGCAGCGCCGAUCGUGGUUGGACAACCGACCAGCGAGGCCCACCGCGAACCCCUCGCCAAGAUCUUGCUGUGUGCCCCUAGUAACGCCGCAGUUGACGAAGUCGCCAAGCGACUCAAGGACGGUAUUCGCGACUCGAGUGGGCGCCUCAUCGUGCCAAAAGUCGUGCGUAUCGGCAGCGACUCCGCGGUCGACAUCUCUGUGAAAGACAUUUUUCUUGACGAACUCGUCGAACGCGCGCUGAGUGGAGGCGUCAGCGCGGCCGACGCAGCGAACGACUCGCAAAGGAGGAUGCAGUCGAUGCGCGCCGAGGUCGACCUGCUUCGCGCGACCCGUGAUGAGAAGCUGGCGGCUUUGCAAGCCGUGAACGACAAUGACGUCUUGCGUGAGGAGCUGCGGUAUCAACUCAAGACGACCAAAUCGCAGAUCAACGAGAUCUCGCAACGCCUCGAUGCCGAAAAGGACAAGGCGCAGCAAUCUCGCCGCGCGCUGGAUGCGCAGCAACGCAAGAUGCGGAUGCAGGUCCUGUUCGAUGCGGACGUCAUAUGUGCAACACUUUCGGGCUCGGGUCAUGACUAUAUGGCCCAGUUGCCAUUCGACUUUGAGACUGUCAUCAUCGACGAGGCUGCGCAAUCGAUCGAACUGAGUUCGCUAAUUCCGCUAAAGUACGGAUGUCGUCGGUGCAUCCUUGUUGGGGGUCAGUUGCUGCACGAGGAUUUCUAUGCUUUCCCUGGAACAUGCAAUCUGAACUGACGCGGACGUCUUGACCCCUCAGAUCCGUUGCAGUUGCCGCCGACCGUUAUCUCCAACGCUGCCAAGCAUGCGGGCUAUGAUCGAUCGCUGUUCGUUCGCAUGAUGGAGCAAGGACGAGGGCCACACUUGCUGAGGUGAGCUUUUGAGGAUGACGUGCUAUCUGGCGCCGCUGAAAUGAGCUCAAUUUCCGGACUUGCAUGCGGUGCAGCAUCCAAUAUCGAAUGCAUCCGCACAUAUCGGCGUUCCCCUCGGCCGCAUUCUACCAAUCUCGACUCCUGGAUGGCGAGGAAAUGGAGAAGAAGACGCUACAGCCAUGGCAUUCCAAUUCUUUGUUCCCACCGUACAUGUUCUUUCAUGUUCGCAACGCCACCGAGGUUGCCGGUCGUCACCAUUCGUGGACGAACCCCCAAGAGGCCCAGACGGCCCUUGCGAUCUAUGAACGUAUCAUACGGGAAUACCCGCACGUUGACCUGAACUAUCGUAUCGGUAUUGUCACCCCUUACAAGGGUCAAGUAUGGGAACUAAAGACAACUUUCCGCCGUCGGUUCGGCGACGACAUCCUGUCCAAGAUUUCCUUCAACACAGUCGACGUGAGUAAACCGACGUCGGACCCGGUGUCGGUCUGCUGUCGCUGAUGUUUCGCGACUUCUAUUUGCACGCUUGCACGCCUGCAGGGCUUUCAAGGGCAGGAAAAGGACAUCAUUAUUCUUUCUUGCGUCCGUGGAGGGAGUGUAGAUAGUGGUGUAGGCUUCUUGGCCGACACACGGUACGUUUUUGACGCGUGGAGUGCAGGUAGGGCAACCUGCUAAUUCUUGAGCCACGCAUUCCGCAGGCGCAUGAACGUCGCUCUGACGCGUGCCCGCUCAUCGCUCUUCAUUCUCGGCGACUCAAACAAACUGCGGUCCAACGAGUAUUGGGGCAACCUCGUUGCGGAUGCUGAAGCUCGAGGCUUGAUGACACAGGUCAGUACAGGUUUCUCUCGUACGGGUCUUGAGCAAGGAUGCUGACGUUUGGCGGCGUUUGUGAUUCAGGUCGACCCGGCUUUCUUUCGCUCCCUGCAACCGCCGAAACCUCCGACGAUCCGUGCGACCGUCAAGCCUCACACCUCCGUGGCUCGUGCCAUCGUUGCAGAAGGGGCACCCAACGCCUUGGUUCGGCCAUCGAAGCAAGGUAGUGGUGCGACGGGUUCCUCGUCGAAGAUCCAUGGCAUCAAGCGCCGCGGUUCGCCACCAUCGCCUAGUAACUCUCCUAAGAAAGUUAAAGCUAGUCUGAACGAGAACAAUGCAAGGGGUAUCGAUGCCAAGUCGGAUGAAACGAAAUUUCGUCCUGUUGCGGAGAUCGUUGGCUCGCAGACAACCACGUCGCAUCCAGCGUCAGCAACGUCGGCACUACCAACGCCAACUCCAUUGAUCAUUGCCCGACCCAAACCCAAACCCUCGAUGUUCAUCACUAAAAAGGUGAAGCCAGUUACGCUCUUUCCGAAUAGCUGCGCUCAUUCAAACUGAUGUAGGGGCUGACCAUACUUCACUCGACUCGACGUUCCUCCUUAUCUGCAGAAACCAUCCGCUACGGGCAAGCGGCCGUGA